UAAUUCUAGAAUGCAUGGCACCUGGCUGUGAAACCCCAAAAAGGCCCUAUCUCGUAUCUAUAUUAAGGGCGAUGGGUGCCACCUAUCUCUCGAUUUUCAAUCGCAUGUAGAAGCUUCGGGUAGUUUCGCGAUCUUAAUCGCAAUCCUUGAGAGUCUGUACUUACAAUGGCUGAAAACGUUGUUGGUCUCACUGUGCAGAAAGUCGUCGAGCCAGAUGCGGAUAAUAAAGGUGUGCCAAGGUCAAGCGUGCACCUUGCGGGGGAUGUCUCGGAAAAUGCCCACCCAGCUCCCGACACUCCUCAUACCAACUCGCACCUCGACUCUCUAGAGGAAAAUAGCGAUGUUAUCGACUACGAGGCCUACCCACCCCCGACGAAGGAAGAACGCGAGACUCUCCGCAAAGUGUACGACACAAUUCCCAUAGCAGCUUGGUCCCUUUGCUUUGUCGAGUUAGCGGAGAGAGCGUCGUACUAUGGAGUUAAAGCGGUCUUCAACAACUUCCUCCAAUUUCCACUACCCGCCGGCGGUCCUGGGACAGGAGCUAUAGACCCAAGUAAGCCGAACUCUCACGCCGGUGCACUUGGUAUGGGCCUUCAGUCUGCCUCUGCGCUGACGCUUCUGUUCACUUUCCUGGCUUAUGUCAUUCCUAUCUUUGGCGCUUGGAUUGCGGACACCAAGAUUGGUCGGUAUAGAGCUAUCGUAUAUGGAGUGCUUGUGGGUGCAGUCGCGCACGUUAUCAUGAUAGGAGGCGCCGCUCCGGCUGUCCUGCAAGCUGGCAAGGGUGCUGUACCGUUCCUUAUCAGCUUCUUUCUCCUUGCUAUUGGAGCCGGCAUCUUCAAGCCCAACGUCGCACCGACAGUUAUCGACCAGUACAAGUACCAACGUGAAUACACCAAGGUGCUCAAAUCGGGUGAAAAGGUGCUUGUGGAUCCCGAGACGACUGUCAGCCAUAUCAUGUUGAUAUUUUAUGCCUUUGUUAAUGUGGGCGCGUUCUUCUCCAUCGCUAUCGUCUAUAUCGAGAAGUACCAUAGCUUCUGGCUGGCCUUUUUGGUACCGGGGAUUGUGUACUUUCUUUUGCCGCUUCUGCUUGCGGCCAUGUAUAAGCGCACCGUGAGGAAGAAGCCACAGGGUUCCGAUUUGAAUCGGUUCGUAAAGAUCACUGUUUCAGCACUGAAGGCAAGCAAGGGAAAUAUCUUCUCGGAGAAUCUGUGGCACAACGUGAAACCUGCUGUGCUUGCGGAAAAGAAUAUCGCUGUCACCUACUCGGAGAAGGAUGUUGAUGACGCACAACGCACGUGGGAAGCGGUCCAGAUCUUUCUCUACAUCCCCGUUUGGUAUCUAAACGACGGAGGUGUUGGCGCGGUUUCGAGUAACCAGGGAGCCGCUAUGACUUCUAAUGGCGCCCCGAACGAUCUUUUAGGGCACUUUAACCCGUUGGUUAUCGUCGUCUUUUCGCCGUUCAUGGCUCAGAUCGUGUACCCAUUCCUUGAGCGUCGGAAGAUCAAGUUCGGGCGUAUCAAUCGGAUGACCUUUGGGUUUGUUCUUGCUAUCAUCUCCGGUGUUAUCGGCGCUGUUGUCCAGUAUCGCGUAUAUGAAACUAGCCCAUGCGGUUAUUACGCUAGCGACUGUGACGAUGUUUCGCCCAUUUCAAUUUGGUGGCAGGUGCCCAAUGUUGCACUCGGUGCUAUUUCAGAAAUCUUCGUCAACGUUACCUCGUAUGAGUUGGCCUAUGCCCGUGCACCGGAGAACAUGAGAGCCACUGUCGUAGCUCUCUUCCUAUUCAUGACGGCUUUAAGCAGUGCUUUAGGAGAGAUCCUGAUCCCGGCAAUCACUGAUCCGACGCUCAUUUGGGCUUGGGCCGCUCCGGCUAUCGCACUUUUCGUCCAGACCAUCAUCUUCUGGUGGAGGCACCGCAAUGUCAAUGACGAUGUCUUCAUGACGUACGAUGAAGAUUAUCAACAACCUUCAACUGAGAAUGAGAAAAUUGAGAAGGAAGUGAAGUAGCCGGUCUUGUGUAACUACAUUAGCAGAAUAUGCGACGAACCGGGCCAGUAAUUGGGGAACUCCGGUGACGCGGACUGAAGCUUGUCAAUGUACCCAGUAUUCAUCAUAUCGCUAUAGCUACCUAGAUAUUAGGGUACACAAUUACGUUUUGUCCCUUCAAUUGAACAAAUAACUUAGCUCAAAUAAGAUGCUUUGGGCGGAAGAAAAUGAUGUGAGUGAUGUGAAGGGAUCUGAC